CACGCUGCCAGCUGCCGCCCAUCCGAAAUCCAACACGAACAUGUCUCUCGCUCACCAACUACAACAAUCACGGGGCAAGCAAAUAUCAAUAUCUCAGUCCAAAUUCGAUCCAACGAGCUAACCGUGCAUAUAAGCCAGGGAAUGAUCCUCAUUAUGUCGAGCUUACUUUCCAAGUCGCCAAAGUCUCAUCGUCGUCGCCUCACCUCUCUUGCACCAACUUCCCCACCCGUGUGCCUGUAGGUACAAAUCUCGAGACCCAACCUGUUGUAAUUUCAUCAAGCGUGUUUAGGUUAUACUGAUCGACAUCUGCCGGUACAACCAACAUCCAGCAACCAGUGUCUGCCCCACCAAUCUUGAUGUCCUCUCGAGCCUCCCACCUCCGCACAUGGAAUUGUUCUGGAGAGAUGGCUCGUGUCCACACUUUGCCUCUGAAUGCUGGUACUCGGCAGUCUUGGCCCACCUCCGCCCUCACACGACCCCAACCUCAGUCCACUUGUGUUGCUGGAGAGGUGAUGACUUCUCAGUGGGGCUUCCCCGGGCGUAUAUAGUAGAACUCUUCCGAGUUCUUGUGUAUGUAUGGAGCGUGGUCCUCCUUGCCGGCAUAAUCCUCGUUCAAACGAAAAAUCCUGUCCCUUUGUCCUAGAAAAUUCUCAAUGGCUGCUUCCGAGGCCCCAUGGGCCAUCAUCGUUGGCGCUGGACCAUCGGGUCUUCUCCUGGCGCUCAUGCUGGCUAGAAAAGGAGUCCCUGUUCACGUACUCGAAGCAUCGAAUGAGUUGGACGAUUCACCACGCGCAGCAUACUAUGGUCCUCCGGCUGCAUACGAGUUGAGACGGGCGGGCGUCAUCGACGACGUGCGGAAAGAAGGAUUUGACCCUGUCAUCACCUGCUGGAGGAAGCUCGAUGGCACUUAUCUCGGCGGUUUUGACAACAGCAUCAACUUUGACGACCCAGAUCGUUUGGCCACUUUGCCCUUGGCUCAACUAGACCGGCUGCUCUACAGGCAUGUCAGUGCCCACCCGUCAGCCAAAGUUUCAUUCAACCACAAAGUCGUCGACCUUGGCCAAGACAAGGACAAGGCGUGGGUAGAUGUCGAGACGCCCGAGGGUAACAAGCGACUCGAGGCAACAUACAUUGUCGGCUGUGACGGAGCUUCCAGUACGGUCAGAAGGAAGUUGUAUGGAGAUACAGACUUUCCAGGGUAUACCUGGGACAAGCAGAUUGUGGCGACGAAUGUCGCGUAUCCCUUUGAAAAAUUCGGCUACGAGGAUGUGCAGUUUUUUAUUCAUCCAGAGCACUGGCACAUGGUUGCUCGGCUGACCAAAAACCCCGACAACAGUGGAUUUUGGAGAGUCAGCUAUGGCGAGAUCUCUGGGUUGACUCGAGAACAAUUGCUGGAGCGCCAACCCAUGAAGUUUGAGGCAAUGCUGCCAGGUCAUCCGAAGAAGGGUGAAUAUACUCUGGCGGCCAUCAAUCCCUACCGGAUUCACCAACGUUUGGUCGAGAGUCUACACGUCGGACGAUUCCUUCUCGCAGCUGACGCUGCACACAUUUGCAACCCAUUUGGAGGAUUGGGCUUGACAGGAGGAAUUGUCGACGUCGGAGGAUUGUAUGACUGCAUGAUUGGAAUCUACGAGGGCAAGGCGGAUGAUAGCAUCUUAGAUCGCUAUUCUGAGGUCCGGCGCGAAAAGUAUCUGACCAUCACUGACCCCAUAUCUACCGACAACAUCAAGCGCCUAUACGACCAAGAUCCAGACAAGGCGCUUGAAAAUGAUCCUUUGUUGAAGUUGUUGAACGGAAUGAAAGAUGACAAGGAGGCUCAACGAGAGUUUAUGAAGGCUCCCUUUGCACUCUCCUAUGAUUUCACACAACAUUACAACACCAAACAGGCCAAAUGUCCCGAACAGAAAGUGCUGGUCCAACGUGUCGAGCAGGUGGCAUCUGCUGCGGCAAAUUGAAAUUAUGACCAGCAACGAGAACCGAGGAAGGGUGUCCACUUGGUUGGGAGUUGAUGGACUUUGCAGAUGCAAUGUAUGCCCAGUCACGUGUGCAGCCACUUGUUGAUAGUAUGGUGUCCUUCUAGAGACAGAGUCUAUUUGCAUUCUGAAGAGGAGCAGC